AUGGGCGAUUCAAAAAGGAGGAAAGUGUUCCAUGGCACGCAGCCUGGAUGCCAGGUGCCCUCUGGCACCGAACCCAAGACUUUCAAAGAACUGGGAAUCGUCGACUCGUUGUGCGAAGCCUGUGAAUCUCUCAAUUACAAGUUCCCGACGCCCAUCCAAGAAAAGGCCAUCCCCGUCGCCUUGCAGAACCGCGACAUUAUUGGCCUCGCCGAAACCGGCAGCGGCAAGACGGCUGCGUUUGCGCUUCCCAUCCUGCAAGCUCUACUCGACAAGCCCCAGCCAUUGUUCGGCCUCGUCCUCGCGCCGACCCGAGAACUGGCGCACCAGAUUGGGCAGUCGUUCGAGGCUCUCGGGUCGUCAAUCUCGCUCCGCUGCGCCGUCAUCGUCGGCGGCCUGGACAUGGUCCCCCAAGCCAUCGCGCUCGGGAAGAAGCCACACAUCGUCGUCGCCACGCCGGGACGGCUGGUGGACCACCUCGAGAAGACAAAGGGCUUCUCCCUGCGCACGCUGAAGUACCUCGUCAUGGACGAGGCCGACCGCCUGCUCGACAUGGACUUUGGCCCCGCCAUCGACAGGCUGCUCAAGUUCAUCCCGCGCGAGCGGCGGACCUACCUCUUCUCCGCGACGCUCAGCUCCAAGGUCGAGAGCCUGCAGCGGGCCAGUCUGCGGGACCCCGUCCGCGUCAGCGUCAGCAGCAACAAGUACCAGACCGUGUCCACGCUGCUCCAGAAGCUCCUCUUCAUCCCGCAGGAACGCAAGGACACGUAUCUCGUCUACCUGGUCAACGAGUUCGCCGGCAAGUCCGUCAUCGUCUUCGCCCGCACCGUCUGGGAAACGCAGAGGAUCGCGGUCCUCCUCCGGGCCCUCGGCUUCGGCGCCAUCCCCCUGCACGGCCAGCUCUCGCAGUCGGCCCGCCUCGGGGCGCUCAACAAGUUCCGCUCCGGGACCCGCGACAUACUCGUCGCCACCGACGUGGCCGCCCGCGGUCUGGACAUCUCCAAGGUCGACAUCGUCCUCAACUACGACCUGCCGCAGGACUCCAAGACCUACAUCCACAGGGUGGGCCGCACGGCUCGAGCCGGCAAGUCCGGCGUCGCAAUCACCUUUGUGACCCAGUACGACAUUGAGGUGUUUCAGCGCAUCGAGGCGGCGCUCGGCAAGAAGCUGGACAUUUACCCCACGGAGAAGGAGGAGGUCCUGGCGUUCCAGGCCCGCGUCGAGGAGGCCCAACGGCACGCGCGCAUCGAGGUCAAGAGCUUGGCCGAGAAGCGCGACGCCAAGGGCAGGAGGGCAAAGGGCACCACCGGCAAGAGGCGUCGCGACGACAUGGAUAGAGAGGAGGGCUAG